AUGAACUGGCCCUUCUUCGGAGCAGCUGUGGUGCUGCUCAUUUUUCUGGUGGUGCUGGAAGUUAACAGCGACUUUAGAAUCCAGGUCAGAGAUUAUAACACUAAAAAUGGCACCAUCAAGUGGCAUUCCAUCAGGAGGCAAAAGCGUGAGUGGAUCAAGUUCGCUGCAGCCUGCCGUGAAGGUGAGGACAACUCAAAGAGGAAUCCGAUCGCCAAAAUUCACUCAGACUGUGCUGCAAACCAGCAAGUCACAUACCGCAUCUCUGGAGUAGGAAUUGAUCAACCACCUUAUGGAAUCUUUGUUAUUAAUCAAAAAACUGGUGAAAUUAAUAUAACAUCCAUAGUCGAUCGAGAGGUCACCCCUUUUUUCAUUAUCUAUUGUCGGGCUCUGAAUUCACUGGGCCAAGAUUUAGAGAAACCUCUUGAGCUUAGAGUCAGGGUUUUGGAUAUAAAUGACAACCCUCCAGUAUUUUCUAUGUCUACUUUUGUAGGAGAAAUAGAAGAAAAUUCUAAUGCAAAUACACUGGUGAUGGUACUCAAUGCCACUGAUGCAGAUGAACCAAAUAAUUUGAACUCAAAAAUAGCCUUCAAGAUCAUAAGACAAGAACCUUCAGAUUCACCGAUGUUUAUUAUCAACAGAUACACUGGAGAAAUUCGAACAAUGAAUAAUUUUCUAGACAGAGAGCAAUAUGGCCAGUACUCUCUAGCUGUAAGAGGCUCAGACCGAGAUGGUGGGGCAGAUGGUAUGUCAGCAGAGUGUGAAUGCAACAUUAAAAUCCUCGAUGUCAAUGAUAACAUCCCAUACAUAGAACUGCCAACACAAUCCAUAAGCAUUGAAGAAAAUACUCUGAAUUCAAAUUUGCUCCAGAUUAGAGUAAUAGAUUUGGAUGAGGAGUUCUCAGCUAACUGGAUGGCAGUCAUUUUCUUCAUCUCUGGAAAUGAGGGGAAUUGGUUUGAAAUAGAAAUGAAUGAAAGAACAAAUGUGGGAACCUUAAAGGUUGUCAAGCCCCUAGAUUUUGAAGCUAUGAAUAAUCUGCAGCUUAGUCUUGGUGUUAGAAAUAAAGCUGAAUUUCAUCAAUCAAUUAUGUCUCAAUAUAAACUCACAGCAACUGCAGUCUCUGUGACCGUGUUAAAUGUAAUUGAAGGCUCAGUGUUCCGUCCAGGUUCAAGGACAUUUGUAAUAAAUAGUAAUAUGGGACAAAACUAUAAAGUGGGAGACUAUGUCGCUUUGGAUCUUGACACUGGUCGGCCUUCAACAACUGUUAGAUAUGUAAUGGGAAGAAAUCCAACUGACUUGCUCGCUAUUGACUCAAAGACAGCCGCAAUUACUUUGAGAAAUAAAGUUACUAUGGAACAAUACAAAAUACUUGGGGGAAAAUACGAAGGAACAAUUCUAUCUAUUGAUGAUGCUCUUCAAAGAACAUGUACUGGUACAAUUAUUAUUAACCUUGAAAACGGUGGCUGGGAAACUGAUCGUACAAAUUUAAAUGGAAGUACUACCACUGAAUAUGGCCUUACUUCCAGACAUGUUGCCACUAAUGGCUACACAACUGGUGUUGGUAAUGACAAAAAUACUUAUGCUGGUGACACAAAUGGUAAUGCUGGAGGUCAACCUGGUGUUUAUCAGCCACUAGGAGAUAAUGUACAUUUUGGUCCUGCUGGCAUUGGACUACUCAUCAUGGGAUUCUUGGUCCUAGGAUUGGUCCCGUUCUUGCUGAUCUGCUGUGACUAUGGAGGCGCCCCUGGCGGCGGGGCUGGCUUUGAGCCUGUUCCUGAAUGUUCCGACGGAGCAAUUCACUCGUGGGCAGUGGAAGGUGCACAGGCCGAUCCUGGGGCUCUGACCAAUAUUGGUGUACCAUGCAUACCAGGCACUAAUGCAAAUGUAAUUGAGUACGUUGACAACUCAGGAGUUUACACAAAUGAGUAUGGUGGCAGAGAAAUGCAAGAUCUGGGAGGAGGAGAAAGAACAACAGGAUUUGAACUAACAGAUGGAGUUAAAAUGUCAGGAGGACCCGAGAUAUGUCAAGAAUAUCCUGGAACACUAAGAAGAAAUUCUAUGAGGGAAUGUAGAGAAGGAGGGCUGAAUAUGAACUUCAUGGAAAGUUACUUCUGCCAGAAAGCAUAUGCUUAUGCAGAUGAAGACGAAGGACGCCCAUCCAAUGACUGUCUGCUCAUCUACGAUAUUGAAGGUGCAGGCUCCCCUGCGGGCUCUGUGGGCUGUUGUAGCUUCAUUGGAGAAGACUUGGAUGACAGCUUCUUGGAUACACUGGGGCCGAAGUUUAAGAAGUUGGCAGACAUCAGCCUGGGAAAAGACGUUGAGCCAUUUCCAGACUCUGAUCCCUCUUGGCCACCGGACAACACUGAGCCGGUCUGCCCUCCGCAGGGAACAGAGCCCACUGGUGGUGGACACCCACCCAUUUCCCCACGUUUCGGCACCACCACCGUCAUCUCUGAGAACACCUACCCCUCGGGACCUGGGGUACAGCACCCUACGCCGAUUCCUGAUCCUCUGGGCUAUGGUAAUGUCACCGUGACCGAGUCUUACACCUCCUCGGGCACUCUGAAGCCCACUGUCCACAUUCACGAUAACCGACACGCAUCAAACGUGGUAGUGACAGAGCGGGUAGUCGGUCCGAUCUCCGGUGCUGACUUGCAAGGGAUUCUAGAGAUGCCUGACUUGAGAGACGGGUCAAAUGUGAUAGUGACAGAAAGGGUAAUAGCACCAAGUUCAAGUCUGCCCACCACUCUGACCAUCCCUGAUCCUAGGCAGUCUUCGAAUGUAGUAGUGACGGAAAGAGUGAUCCAGCCAACUUCCGGCAUAGUGGGCAAUCUGAGCAUGCACCCUGAGUUAUCGAACACCCACAACGUGAUUGUGACCGAGAGGGUAGUUUCCGGCUCCGGCAUCACCGGCAGCAGCAGCCUGCUGGGCAGUGCCGGUGGAGGAAGUGGUGGCGGCAUCGGGCUGGGCAGCCUAGGAGGUGGCGCGGGCCUGAGUAGCAGCCUAGGGGGCACAGCCACCAUUGGCCACUUGAGGGGUUCCUCUGAGCAUCACUUUAGCAACACGCUCGGUUCCGCCUCCCCUACCACAACCCGGAGUCGAAUCACAAAGUACAGUACAGUUCAGUAUACCAAGUAG